GAAGUCUAAAUAUGAGCGAAAAUCUUGCUGAUUUUAAUUUGCUAGGCUAGGUCGUUGGGAGAAAGAGUCUGUUAUGUAAGAAAAAAAUUUGAAUUCGAGUAAAUGCAAACUGCAGUGCACAAUUAAGUUAUAAUCAGUGUGUGUAAAAAAAAUUUCGACGUAAGCUAAUCUAGCUAGCCUCAUUCGAAGGAUGUGUGAUAAUCGAAGCACGAACGAAUUGCCACAGGAAGGCGUUCUUUUAUAGGCGAUCCGAUAAUUUCGGAAGCGUCUUGUGAAGUUAAGCUCGUCAAACUUGUACGGUAUGUUGAAACGGUUGCGAGUACCUAUGAUGGCUGGCCUAGCUGGGGCAGCAAUUGGCGCAGCAGCUACGGAAGUUCUCCGGCAAAAUAAUGGCCUGCUGGUACGCGUGAAAGCGGCAGACCCUUUGCCACAAACGUACAGUCCUCAGUUAGAGACUACGCAGAGAAUAACAGAAGUUAUGCGAUUGGGUUUUCCGGGAACGGAUAAUAUUCGAUACCUGUCUGACUACGUUCUGUCAUAUGACAAACGUAAUCGUACGGCUAACUGGGUGAUGGAGCAUCUCACAAAGGAGAACCUAAGAAGCAUCGAAGAGGUCUCUCGUACGAAAUGCGAAUUCCACGAAGACCAGGCUAUUCACCCGUAUUUUCGCUCGGGUGUUGCUGAUUACGCGCGAUCUGGCUUUGAUCGGGGCCACCUUGCAGCAGCGGGAAACCAUCGUCGCACUCAGAAAGAUAUGAAUGACACUUUCUUCUACAGUAACAUGGCCCCUCAAGUUGGGAAAGGUUUUAAUCGCGAUUCGUGGGAGCGGUUAGAAAGCCAUGUGAGACAGUUAACCAGAAAAUAUACAAGCGUUUACGUGUGCACAGGCCCGUUAUAUUUACCCCGUUGUGAGGCUGAUGGGAAGCUCUACGUUCACUAUCAGGUUAUUGGAGCCAACCAUGUUGCUGUGCCCACUCAUUUUUUCAAGGUUGUUGUAGGCGAAACCGAUAAUGGAGAAAUGGAUAUGGAGGCGUAUGUCAUGCCCAACGAAGUUAUCGAUGACACAACUCCUCUAGAAGCAUUCAUGGUUCCCUUGGAUACUAUCGAGCGUGCAUCAGGAUUGUUGAUUUUCAAUCGUAUUGGCAGUUUGCGCACUAUGAACGGAAAAGCUGCACCGAAGCUUCUGCGACCACGAAUGUAGUUCUGUAAUAUUGAGUAAUUAUAAAACCUUAUGUUAUACAAGCGGGGCAAAUUUUCUCGUUUGUCAAUGCAUCUGCGCACAUGAGAUUACUGCGCUGAUAUUACACACUUAAGAAUAAUAUGUUAAAGAAGAGAUUCAGUAUCUUUAACACGAAGGCAGCUCAAAUAAAACUGUGAUAUGCAGAUCAUGCA